AGGCCACGAUCAAUGUCAGUCUGUAUGUUGUGCGAGCGCAUACACAUCAUUUUUUAAUAUUAUAUUUUUUUUGUUUGUGUAUUUUCGACGCAAUGGCUUCGGCUGUGAUCAGGUUUUGUGCGUUGCUGUUGGUUGCCGGAGUCUGUUUCGCCGAUGUUUCGGAACUCCCCCCUGUGACGGAGGUGUGUCUCGGCUGCAUUUGCCAGGCUAUCUCUGGAUGCAAGCAAGGUCUGCAGUGCGAGGGUGAGACGUGCGGCCUCUUCCGCAUCACAUGGGGCUACUGGGCUGAUGCCGGAAAACCCACUAUCAAUGGUCUCUCACCUGACGCUCCGGAUGCCUACUCUAGCUGCACUGUAGACCCGUACUGCGCCGCGCAGACCGUCCAAAACUACAUGAGAAGAUUUGGCCAGGACUGCAACGGCGACGGAGUGGUCAACUGCUAUGACUACAUGGCGAUCCACAAGAAGGGAGGCUACGGGUGCACCGGCGAACUUCCUUUUAACUAUGUAAACGUGUUUAACCAGUGCAUCAAUGUCUUCGCGCAGUACCGAUCUUAAAUAGCUUUGUCUAAUUGAAAACCUAACGAAUUUACUGUAACCUACCACUGCUUUAUGGUAAUCCGUCAGUCAUAGUUUCCAUCAGCACCAAUAUUAUUUUUACGAUGAAUCUCUACAAUUCAUCUAGAAUUGGAAUAAAUAAUGUUCAUAUAAAAGCAUUUUCAUCAAAGGAUUCUUCGUGUAUUCGAAAUACAAAUUGGAAAAUGUAAUUUAAUAGAAAAAAUAUAUAUAUUUUUUAACAAUCAGAAUAAACUAGUCUUUAGAAUAAA